AUGUCGUUCCCGGCAACAAGCACUCUCCUUGAAGAGCUAGAAUAUGGGUUAGUCACCAACAUUGAAGAGAAUAUUUACGUUGAAAACUCGGUGUAUGGACCGAUGUUGGUGGGAAAAGCUAGGGGGAUUUAUGUGUCCAUGAACUCACUAGAGGAGGCAAAUUAUCAUAUCAUGGCAAUGACUGCAAGUUUCACUAUUGAAAAUGGAGAUUAUAAUAAGAGUAAUGAUGAGAUUGAUAGCUUGAAGUUUUUUGGAGUUCAUGAAAAUAAAGAUGUUUUAGAGUGUCAUGUUGCUGUGAUUGGUGGGACAGGCAAGUUUAAAGAUGCUAAUGGAUAUGCUGCUAUCAGAGUAGUGAGCAGAAAUUAUAGAGGAUCUUAUGAUAUUGAGGAGUCAAGUGAAGAUGCAAAAAUGAUGCUUUUGUACAAUGUUUAUCUUAGCUAA